CAUUGGCCGCGACGUACCACGUGAACGGGCCGCGGUGGUAGUUCACCGAGUCGAGCGGGUAUCCACGACGGCACAGUCAGCUGCCUAAGGUCCGGUUGGCUAGUCGCAGCCAGCAAGUUUCUCUUCACAAGGUAGACGCGUGUAAUCACCAGACUCCACCAUGGCGGACGAUGAGAGAAAGCGCAUCGAGGAUGAAAAGAAGAGGAAACAGGCGGAGACCGAGAGGAAGAGGGCGGAGGUCCGCGCUCGCCUCGAGGAAGCCUCCAAAGCCAAGAAAGCGAAGAAGGGUUUCAUGACCCCCGACAGGAAGAAGAAGCUCAGGUUGUUGCUGCGUAAAAAAGCCGCCGAGGAAUUGAAGAAGGAGCAAGAGAGGAAAGCGGCCGAGAGGAGACGCAUCAUCGAGGAGCGCUGUGGCAAGCCGAAGAUCGUCGAUGACGCUAACGAAGCCGAGCUGCAGACGAUCUGUUCGGCAUAUUGGAACAGAAUGUCCUCACUCGAGGGCGAUAAGUAUGACCUCGAGAGGCAAAUUAGGUUGAAAGAGAUGGAGAUCGCGGACUUGAACAGCCAGGUCAACGAUCUCCGAGGUAAAUUCAUGAAACCAACCCUGAAGAAGGUGUCGAAAUACGAGAAUAAGUUCGCCAAGCUCCAGAAGAAGGCCGCCGAAUUUAACUUCCGUAAUCAGCUGAAACAAGUGAAGAAGAAGGAGUUCACCUUGGAGGAGGAGGACAAGGAGAACGCGUCAAAAGAUAAGAAGAAACCCGACUGGUCGAAGAAGGGCGAGGAGAAGAAGGUAAAGGAGGAGGAGCCGACCCCGGUUGAGGCAUGAAUGAGAGAGAGAAUUGAAAAUCGUUCCCGAGACGUUCCCGAGUAAUCGUCACCGUCGUCCCAACAACCACCGACGUCCGACGUCCCGAGAAUGUCGUCCGCCGUCAAUAACCGCCACCGACGCGACAACUCCGCACGGAACACCUUCCUCUCGUGUUGUCUUUUUAUUUUCUCCAUCUAUCUCUCUAUCUCUCUCUCUCUCUCUCUCUCUCUCUCUCUUUCUUUUUCUGUCACACACACUCUCUUGUCUUUUUCUCCUUUUUCCUCCCAACGGUUCGCCAAUCGAGCGAUUCAUU